UGUCUCUUUGACAAUUAUACUACAUCUUCUUAUUCUUUAGUUAUAUUAUUUGUUGGCGGUAAAAUAUUGAAACAAUUAACCGCACAGUAUUACAUUUACCAUCGACAUGGACCCAGGCACAGAUGUUGAUCAUGUGCUACAAUCUCUCGGCAAUGUCGGGAGGUAUCAAAAAUUUCAGUUGUCUUUGUUAUUUGUAUUCAUGUUGGAAAAUGCGUUUCAUCUGAUGGCAGCGAAUUAUGUCAGUUACAGACCUCGUUAUAACUGCAAGACUUUUAACGAAACUGUGUUACUUCAUAAGUAUAAUAUAGAAUCGAACAGAUCAGAUAUCAAGGUUAAGUAUGGCAAGUGUAACAUUUAUAUCCACGUAAAUGACACUGAUGCCGAAUAUCACUCGUCACAGUCAUGUCCAAAUGGUUAUGAGUAUGAGAUUCCAAAAGAUAGAUCAACCGUUACAGAGUGGGAUUUAGUAUGUGAGGGAUCAGUCAGAUCAGAAUUUGCUCAAACCUUAAUAAUGAUGGGACAAGCUGUAGGUGCUGCAAUUUUCUCUCCUCUUUCCGACAGAUUUGGAAGGAAGCCCAUUAACAUUAUUUCGCGAAUUCUUUACACAAUAGCCGGUGUGACUGCAAUGUUUUCUCCCUCUAUAGAAGUAUAUUCCGUGUACAGAUUGCUCAUAGGAACCUUUCAAGGAGGUAGUGUGAUGACAGUCUGUACUUUGUGUAUAGAAAUUCUGCCCACUGAGUUUCGACAUAGAGGAGAAGGACUAGCAUUCUUCGCUUGGACUGUUGGUAUUUGGUUUACCUCUGUUAUCGGAUACUUUUGUAGAAAUCUUCCUUGGAGAUAUUUCCAGAUGAUUUUAGGAUUACUGUCUUGGCAUGUUAUAUUUGAUUGGUUAUUUAUAGAUGAAUCUUUAAGAUGGCUUCUUGCAAAUGGAAAAACAGAUGAGGCAAUGAAAAUAAUUAGGAAAGCUGCCUCAUGGAAUAAUCAAAGUUUUGAGUCAGUAAUGGAAUCAGUAGAAAAGAAAAAUCUGAUGGUUCCAAAAGAUCUUAUUAUAGAAUCACCAGAAAAUCAGGAAAAAAUCACCAAACUUGAAUCAUGUGUUAGUAAUGGAACACCAGAACUAGACCAUGCAGUCCAUAGAUACUCGAUUUACACUGUUUUAAAGCAUAAAAGAAUAUUAAUCACAUCAUUAUUAUUGUGGGUAAUAUGGAUAACAAAUACACUGACAUAUUACGGACUGAUGCUUACGACAUCAAGACUUGCUGGAGACAGAUAUGUUAACAAUAUAUUAGCCGCUCUUUCGGAGAUUCCCGCCAUAAUCGUCCAACAGAUCAGUAUCAACAGAAUAGGAAGACGAUACGUGCUAGUAAUGUUUCAUAGUUUUUCUGGUAUAACUCUAAUUCUAGCCACAAUUUGUUCCUCAUAUUCAGGUGAAUACUACUGGCUGAAACACUUUUCGACAUUUUUCUCUAUAUUUGGAAGAUUUUCUGCGGCAGGUUCUUUUAGCAGCGUAUUCCUUUACACCCCAGAGUUAUAUCCUACUAACUUAAGGAAUGUUGGUCUUGGUAUGGCAUCAACUGUAUCUAGAAUAGGAUCAAUGAUAUCCCCAUUUGCUGCUACAUUGGCUGAUCAUGUAUUUUGGGGACCAGCUGCAAUCUUUGCUUUACUGAACAUAAUUUGUACAAUAAUUCUGUUGACCUUGCCUGAAACAAUGGGACGUGAGCUACCAACAACCGUAGAAGAGAUGAAGUCAUGGGUCAAAGAUAAAAAAGGAACUUUUGACGUCAGACGACCAAAGCAUUAUCUAAAGGAGAACAGACACCAUAGAUAAAAUGAAACAUCAAUUAAUUUAUCAAUGUAGAAAUCAAUAUAUUAUAUUUCUCUGUGUAUUUCACUGUGCUGAGUGUUCUAGCGUUUGUUUUUGUAUUCUUCCCACUUUCCUUUAUCGGAUAAGAUGUUUCCUUAAUAUCGAAUUAAGAAAACAUAACUUAUCCUU